AUGGUAGCAGAAACAAAGCUCUACGAUGCUCUCAGCAUAAAACCCGAAUCCACCCAAGACGAAAUCAAGAAAGCCUACCGAAAAGCAGCCCUGAAACACCACCCUGACAAGAACCCAGACAACCCCAAGGCCUCCGAGAUGUUCAAAGAAGUCUCCCAAGCCUACGAAAUCCUCUCCGACCCGGAGAAGCGCAAAGUAUACGACCAAUAUGGCCUCGAGUUCCUCCUCCGCGGCGGUGCUGAAGCUCCUCCGCAGGCUGGCGGCGCUGGCGGACCAGGAGGGAUGCCUUUCGAAGGAACGAACUUUGGCGGAAUGGGCGGGGGAAUGCCAGGUGGAGGACGAUCGUUUCAUUACUCAAUGGGCGGAGGGGGCGGGGGCUUCAGUGGCGGCGACCCGUUCAAAGUAUUUGCGGAAUUCAUGAGGGGGGGCGGUGCGGGCAUAGGAGACGAUGAUGACAUCUUUUCCCAAUUCACCGGUGGCGGUAGAAGUUCACGGGGGUCGAGAAAAGACUCAUAUGCUGGGAACUCAAUGAGGAGGAGGGAUCGGUCGCCGGAGAUUACCACUGUGGAGAGGCCGUUGCCCGUGACGCUGGAGGAACUAUACAAAGGAACCCAUAAGAAGAUGAAGAUCAAGCGGAAGACGUUCGAUCCACGAACGCAGAAGCGGAAUGUUGAGGACAAAAUUCUGGAAAUGGACAUCAAGCCUGGCUACAAGGCUGGGACGAAGAUGAAGUUUAAAGGGGUGGGAGAUCAGGAGGAAGGGGGGACACAGGAUCUGCAUUUCAUUAUCACUGAGAAAGAACACCCACUUUUCAAGCGCCAAGACGACAACCUCAUAGCCGUCAUCGAGCUAGGACUAAAAGAAGCCCUCACGGGCUGGCAACGAACGAUAUCUACCAUCGACGGCAAGCAAGUCCCAGUGCGCGGCGGCGGACCCACACCACCAGGCUACAGAGAAACCUUCCCGCAUCUUGGCAUGCCGAAGAGUAAGGGUAAGAACAGAGACGAACGUGGAGACAUGAUCGUGGAGGUAAAGGUCAAGUUUCCAACGAGUUUGACAUUGGCUCAGAAGAGCCAGUUGAAGGAGAUUUUAUGA